GGUGCUGUGUCUACGCAUAGCCAUCGAAACAGACUCGAUCAUCAAUGGCCGUCUCGAUCACUUUGAUAGAUCGCACUAUAAACGUCCUCUUCAUACUGGAGACGUAUCUAUUCUCUCUGUUUCUACUACCUGUUGAGGCUAUCGCCGCGGUGUUUGAGCUCAUAGAGGACACUAACGAGAUAGUUGGGGAGGAGAAUGACACUGCGUUGCUCCAUGUUCUGGCCACCGGCCAUCAUGUGUACUCGCUAUGGGCUCCUUGGUACAACUUUAGGCACUGGCUGCACGGUGAGACCGCACAGUUGUUCAGAAGACACUGGUGGAUGCUGUGCCUGUCCUUUGUCAUGCCACCACUGGCCAUAUAUUUACGCUUUGGAGCGUGCACCAAGCUCGGCUUGUCUAUAGGCCUAACGUGUUUGGGAUUCCACGCGAUUGCAGUGUGCCAUUCUGUGUACAUCUUGUAUUUCCACCAACAGUAUAGGUAUAGGAUUGGGGGAUGAUUCUACAUUGAGGUUGUGCUGCAGCUGUGCUCGGUCGAGAGCAUUAGAGUAGAAGGUAGCUUGGUUUCACCACUCCGUAUAAGCAGAGCUUCUAUAGUUUCCACGUUUAUGACAUAUUGUAACUCAUCGCAAAGUAGC